CUCAAUUUUUGUUAAUAUAGCAUGUUUGUGUUAAUAUUACGUAAAGAAAUUAGACGAACAAAAGAAAUAACAAUGAAUGUAGAAUUUUAAAUUAAUUUUGAAACUGGUCAUUUGACCGGGCCUGGUAAAGUUAGUGCUAAUGGAAUGUCUUACCGAUUAAUCUAAAGUUUCGAUGCGUUGAACUUCCUUAAUACCAGUUUUAGCUAAUUGUAAGAUCUGUGUCCAUCGACGUCCGCAUGUAUUUUUCUGCUUUCGUCACUUACAGUACAUUUCGCGACACUUGUAAAGACGUUUGUAAUAGCACUUUUGGUCCUUUCGAGUGGCAACAUAAGAAGAUCGCUUCAGAAAUAGGGACGUGCACUGUAGCUUCGUGUAGAUACAGUAAACAAGUAUUUGUAUAGCUGAAUAUACACAUGACUUUAUGCACGUAUACAAUUCUUUUUCGAAGAACGUUUUCUUACUUUCCUGAAUUAUUAGCCCUGUUGCGUGAUAACUACCCUUUGCACCUGUCUAGCACGGUACGUACUCUUAAUGUAUAAUGCAACCAAUAAUGAUUAGCGUUAAGUCAGAUAGCAGCGCACUACUGUAAAGAAAAUCGCAAACCGGUGGUACAUAUUCUUGGAUGUAAUAAUUUAUUAAAUUUCUCGUACGUAUACAGCAAUUAUAUUCAAGAAACAUCUGCGAAUACUCAGUUGCUUUCAAAGCAUUUUAGUUACAUAUAUUCUCGAUAGUUUGUAAUAUAUCGCACCAUUGUGCCGGUUAAAUCUACUUCAUUGGAUUCAUAAGGCAACCACUUUAUAUAGUUAUGUUGAAACAAAUAACACCAGAGAAAGUUAUCCAUAUUACUUGGCUCAGCGUAGUGAUAAGCCUUUGUUGGCCACUUCCUAUCAAUAGCAACAGAAAUAAAAUCUUUUGUUUCAAGAUUCUACAAAUCUGUAGCGGCAUUAGUGGCUGCUUGCUAUUUAUGCCGAUAUUAUAUUCGAUUUAUUUGCACUUAAAUGAUAUCGUCAUUACCUCUUCCUGUGUGUGCCUUUUAUUAGGAGUGUCUCAAAAUAUUUUUCAGACUCUUAUAUGCUUCAUCAAGCACGAUUCUCUACAGCGUACAGUCGAGGAAAUGAUGACUUAUGUUAGAGAAGCACAACAAUACGAGAAAAAAAUCUUCUACAAGUACAUCAAGAAAUGCUAUGUUUUCUGCGGUAGUUCCAUGGCAUGUACGUAUGUGACAGCGACUUGUUUUUCGUUACGACCUAUAGUCUUGCCAGUUUCUCUCCCAUUUGAUGCGGAGUAUCCAUUUCCUAUCAAUUAUACAUCAAUGUAUGUUAUCAUAUAUGUGCACCAUGUUUGCCUUUGUAUUCAAACCGCUGCACACGUAUGCGUAAGCUCAUUUGGGGCGCUUUUACUUUGGUUUACGGUAGCGAGAUUUGAGUGUUUAGCCGCGGAAUUGGAGAAGAGCACGAACAUUGAUGCGUUGGUAGUUUGCGUAAAGAAACAAUUACAUUUAAAAAGAUACGCGGAAGAAGUGUUUAAUAGUUUUCGAUUUUUGGUACUGUAUGCCAUUGGAGUAGCCACCUUUGGUAUCACUCUUUGUUUUCUUAUGGUGCUUGUAAAUGUACCUCUGUUUGUGAAACUACAGUUUAUAGGCGUAUGUGUCACGGUACUUACGGAAAUUUACUUGUACGCGUGGCCAGCUGAUUAUUUGAAAGAUAUGAGUAUGGACGCUCCACAAAGUAUAUAUAACUCAACGUGGUAUGAACAGAAAUUGGGAAUGCAGAAAAGUCUACUGAAUGUGUUAAUAUAUCGACAACCGCUAACGCUUUCAAUCGCAUGUAUAGUGCCAGAGCUCUCUUUGCGUUACUACUGUUCGUACCUGUCCAAUGCCUUUUCCAUCUUCACUACUUUGCGCGUUAUGAUACACGAUUAAUCAGGAUGGAUGUGUUCUGAAUGUGGUUCUAUUCGUAUAAAAGAACAUUCGUUGUAUUCGUUGUAAUCGUGAUUAAUGUCACUAAAUUUUAUAACUAAUUGUGUAAUAACAUCGUAUUUUAUGGAUAUAACACACAAAUGUAUGUACGAAUAAAAACUAUUGUUAAAAUAUAAUUAUGAAACCUAUGAAAUAUGUCUAAUUAAAUGCGCACAGUUAACAGUGCUAAGUCAUUGAGAAAAUUUGUAACAGAGUAUGGAAUGAUUCUGCGAUGAGAAAGAAAUGAAUAAAUUUACAUACCUUAAAGAACAUAUGGCAACACAAUAAGGGUAGUAGUAAAAUUUGUUGCUUCGAAAAAAU